GCGCGCGCGCCGCCGCCAUGGAGCGCCCCGGAGCGGGAGAAAUAAAUUCCAAUGAGUGUGAAAAUAUGUCAAGAAAUAAGGAAAUGUCAGAAGAAUAUGAAGCUAACACUGUGGAGUUUCUGGUGGAUUUGCCAUUUGCGACUAUAGAUUUUAAAGAUGAAUGUGGAAUCACUGAUGUACCUCAGAUAAAUUUGGAGAGAAAAAAAGGAAAUGAAUGUAUCAGUAAAGAUCAAGGAGGGAAGAAGAAAAAAAAGGAUUAUCAACCCAAUUAUUUCCUAUCCAUUCCUAUCACCAACAAAGAGAUUACAAAAGGAAUUAAGAUUCUGCAAAAUGAAAUAAUAAAACAAGACAAGCGACUGGCCCAAACAAUGACCAGAGAUGGAUCCUUUCAUAUUACCCUGCUAGUGAUGCAGUUACUAAAUGAAGAUGAAGUAAACAUUGGUAUUGAUGCUCUUUUGGAAUUAAAACCAUUCAUAGAAGAAAUCCUCCAAGGAAAGCAUUUGUCUUUGCCCUUUCAAGGAGUUGACACUUUUAAUAGUCAGGUUGGAUUUGUGAAGCUGGCAGAAGGAGAUCACAUAAACCUCCUUUUGGAAAUGGCAGAGGCUGCAAAAAAGACAUUUCAAGAAAAAGGGAUCUUGGCAGGAGAAAAUAGAAGUUAUAAGCCUCACUUGACCUUCAUGAAGUUGUCCAAAGCACCAUGGCUCAGGAAAAAGGGAUUGAAAAAAAUAGAUCGUGAAAUUUAUGAAAAAUUUAUCAGUCACAAAUUUGGAGAAGAAAUGGUGUAUCGUAUAGAUCUUUGUUCCAUGCUGAAGAAAAAACAAAGUAAUGGUUAUUAUCACUGUGAGUCUUCCAUUGUGAUUGGCAAGAAACCUAUUGGAAAUCGGGACUUAAUUAAUGAAGCUUUGCAUCGAGAAAGAAUGAGUCUGAAGGCCAAAGUGAAACAGAUAAAGGAAUUUUUAUUAAAGCCUGAGAUUCAGGCCAAAAUUAGGAGGGAGCUUUUUGAAGGAAGAUCGAUUAACAACAGUAAUCAAGGAAGUGAUGUUGAUUUCAGCACUACUUUGACAUAAGUUCUUCUGUUGCUAUCAUGGCACCAUAGUUUAUGAAAUCUUUUCAUCUUAUUAAAUAGCUCUUUGGUAAAGACCAAUGAAGUAUUCAUAUAGUGUCUACAGCAAACCAACAUUUGGUAAGGAGUUAACAAUUUCUUGCUAAAGAAGAUGGAUUCUACCCUGGUAUUUUUAAAGUUAAACUUGUGUUUUAGAAUAUUUGUUUUAGUAACCUUGAGUUAUUUUAAAGAGAGGACUUCUUAACUAGCUAUUGUGUAAUGUUCUACAGGUCUUAACAAAAUAUACAUAGACUAUGGAAAAUUAUUGAUAGACAAAAAAUAGUGUUUUAAGUCACUGGCCUCCAGUUGACAUGGUAUUUGUUGUUGUUGUAUCAAAAAAGCACUAUCCAGAUGUGUCUAUAUCUCGUGUUACUUCUAAUGGGGAUCUGAAUGUUUAUUGAAUACUAGUACUUGAAUGAGCAUUUAUAAAUGUAAUUAAUGCAAUCACUGGUUAAGAAUGUUUUAUAAUAUCCAUAUGUAUUAUUUUUUAAUGAUCAAAAUGUAGCUUGCCUUUUUCAUUUCUUAUUAUAUAUAUAUGUUUGGGAUUUUUAUUUUCUACUUUUCUGAAGAUUAGCCCCAGAUCUUUGCAUAUCCCUUAUAUGCUGAAUUUGUUUGCACUAGUUCAUUUUUAAAGAAAACUCUUGAAAAAUUCCUCUUCCCAUGAUAAUUGUUGGUAACAGUAUUUUCUACAGCCAUUGUAAAAUUGCUGCUACCAAGAGAUCGUGAUGGAGGGGGAAAUUAUUAGACAUCAAAUAUGUAAUCAUUUCAAAUAGAAAAUCCAGUUUACUCAUGGAUUCUAUUUUUUCACUGGGUAAAUUAUACUACUUUUAUUUAUAAAUGAGUUUAUGCAUUUUCAUGCCUCUUAAUAAACAUUCUUCCCCCCUUGUUAACUUUCCUCAUUUUUUUCUCACUCUUGGAAGUUGUUCGAUUAUGCUGAUAAUGAAGUCAUAGCAGGAGUUCAGAUAAGUUUUAGUGUUUCCUCACCUUUGUGUUCCUAUCCUUCACGUUAACAUAGCAGUUAUCAAAGGACUUUCAACCUGAAAUGUUUAAAUAAGUUCAAAUUAGUCAACUCCACAGAAUUAACAACAGAACAUCAAAUGCAAAGAAAAACCUAAAUAACAGCUCAAACUGCUGGUAAUAUGUCACUGAAGUGACAUCAGUAGCAAAGAUGAAAGGAGCAUGCCUAUCCGGACGCAGACCUGGGAGCUGCUCACCAUGAAACCCUUCUCAGUGGUAGAGGGCUUGCUUUCCUGUGGGCAGACUGCCUCUUAAAUAAGCCUUAAAGUAGGAAGCAAAGUUACUUGGGGCCUUGUCCCAUUUUCCUGAAGCCCAAGAAAUAGACUCAAGGAGGUUAAAUGCCUUAUCCAAGACCACACUAUCACUAGGGUGCUAGCCCUAAAGUACAACCCAGGAUUCCAUCUCAAACUACCAGUACUAUUUUCACUGUCCCAUAUCUAAGUUCACAUUUUAGUAGAAAUAGCACUUCUCAACCUAUGUCUAUAAAUAUCUUUAUCUUCAAGGAGCUGUUCCCAAUCCUCCUGAACAAUUUCAAAGGCUAAGACAGUAGCCUCUCUGUACUUUAACAAUUAUAGCAUCCAUUUGUUAAAUACCUGGCUGUGUGCCAUGUGGUCUAGGUACCUUAUUAUAUUUCUUUCCUUCAGAAACCCCAUUAGCAAGUGACUGGUACUGUUAAAAAAAAUUAGGAAACCAGGAAACUGGGGCUCUAAAUAGUUAAAUGGCUAUUUACAAAGCUAAUGAAA